AUGCCAUCUGGAACUCUCUACCUUUCUCCGAAUGCAACAAGUCCAGAUGAAGUGAAGAUGUCUUUUCUCAGAAGCAGUCUUUUGGAGAUGGCACUUCCUCUAUCAACACAAACUACAGAUAUUCCUCAGAUCAGUAGUCUUCUUCAACUAGUAUAUCUAUCCUACAAGUCGAAGAACACACAACCUCCAUAUCAACCAAUAUCCAUUCACGUCUUCGCUGCACACAUGGGAGGUGCUCCUAGAAGAAUCCGAGUGCAGAGUAGUAUCACAACACAAGGUCAGGAAGCUGCAGCUCAUUGUGUUGCUGUUCAAACCAUUUGA